GCUGGAGGCUGACAUGGAGGUGGAGUUCCUGGAGACGGCGUGUGCCUGCAAGGCCGUCAUCUGCUGCCGCGUCACGCCCUUGCAGAAAGCCCAGGUGGUGGAGUUGGUGAAGAAGUACAAGAAAGCUGUGACGCUGGCCAUCGGGGAUGGGGCCAACGAUGUCAGCAUGAUCAAGACCGCCCACAUCGGGGUGGGCAUCAGUGGGCAGGAGGGCAUCCAGGCGGUGCUGGCCUCCGACUACUCCUUCUCACAGUUCAAGUUCCUGCAGCGCCUGCUCCUGGUGCACGGGCGCUGGUCCUACCUCCGCAUGUGCAAGUUCCUCUGCUAUUUCUUCUACAAGAACUUCGCCUUCACCAUGGUCCACUUCUGGUUUGGCUUCUUCUGCGGCUUCUCGGCGCAGACCGUGUACGAUCAGUACUUCAUCACGCUCUACAACAUUGUCUACACGUCGCUGCCUGUGCUCGCCAUGGGCGUCUUUGACCAGGACGUGCCAGAGCAGCGGAGCAUGGAGUACCCCAAACUCUACGAGCCCGGGCAGUUGAACCUGCUCUUCAACAAGCGGGAGUUCUUCAUCUGCAUCGCCCAGGGCAUCUACACCUCUGUCUUCAUGUUCUUCAUCCCCUACGGCGUUUUCGCCGACGCCACCCGUAAUGCACAGAACACGCUGGCCCAGCCCACGGUCUGGCUGACCAUCGCCCUCACCACCGUGGUCUGCAUCAUGCCUGUCGUGGCCUUUCGCUUCCUCAAGCUGGACCUGAAACCCGAACUCUCGGACACG